UAGUGUCCAUUUGGCUGCAAUACUUACAGGAUGGAAAGUCUUGGCACGUAUCUUGGUUUGAAACAAAUUCAUCUAAUUUGGAAAGUAUUGUGCAUGGCUCCCUGGGACAAGUUUAAUAGGUGCUAUUAUGCUUGGAUGAUCCUAGUUUUUGGUUUGAAUAUUCUGUUCGUAAGCACGGUAGUCUUGGAUGUUGUGUUCUGUGGGGAUUAUAAGUGUGGUCUUAAUAAUAUGCCAAUUUACCUCUCUGCCUUAUGUAAAGUUGUUCAAUGUUUGAUAAUGGCUUUGGUUCGCAAGAAGUUACUUCAAUUGGAGAACUUAUUUCAUACCCUAGAUGAAAAUGUAACGUUGCCAGAAGAUCAAAUUGUGGCCAAGAAAGCAAUUGAGAAAGGACAACGAAUGGUGAAAUAUUUUAUAAUUGUUUGCUUAUUUGCCGUAUAUAACAAAAUAUUGGGGUUUCUUUUUACUUCGCGCGAAACAUUGAUACUACCGUUAUGGUCACCAUUUGAUCAACACAUUGUUAUCAAAUUUAUGUAUGAAUAUAUAAUUACGCAUUUCCUGGUACUUGAAGCAACUGUCGGCGCCAUGUACUCACCUAUUGGUUUUCUAUUGUUGAACGCCCGCCUAAAAAUUUUAUCCCAACAAUUGUUGCGCAUUGGGGCUGGAGAACGGGAAUGCCAUACGCAAUCAAACAUCGCAUCUUUUAUUGAACGUCACAUCACCGUUUUGAAGAUUUACAAAAUUUUGGAUGAAGCACUUUCGAAAAUGUACUUCGUGCAACUUUUGAUUUCUAGUAUUGAAAUGUGCAUUUUAGCCACAUCUAUAGUAUCUAAUAGUGUUGUUCACUCUUGCCUUUGCAUCGGGACUUUUGUUUGAAGUUUUAUCAGUUUGCAUUUUCGCUGAUCAAUUUCAGUCGUUGAGUGAGGAGCUUGCAGACGCAGCAUAUGCAACUAAUUGGCCUGAUCAGGAUCGUGCAUUUCGAUUCGCAGUGCUUUUUAUCAUGCAGAGGUCACAAAAUUGUAGACCGAUUUUAGUUGCCAGCGUGGUGCCAAUAGACUUACGAACUUUUCUCAGUAUUCUGCGAUGCGCAUAUUCCUUCUCAGCAAUUUAUAGUAUGGUAUAUUAAUCAAUAGUUGAAAAAAUUAACACGAAUUAAUUCAGUUCAACGAAAUGUUUUUAAUCAUUACUUCAAAUGAACGACUAUUGUGUUUCUUCAACGUUGGCACUAGUAAACUUACAAUUUCUCACAUAUUUGUACUUCAAAUUCCCGGAAAGAAGAGUUACCUUCAUAAUUCAUAAUUAAUAUGGAAAAUUAACAUAGAAUAGAAGGAUAUUGCAAUAAACCGAUAAAUCCUACUAAAA